AGCUUCUUUUCAAUCUACUUUAUUCUCAAUCUCCUUCUAUCCUAAAAGGUAGAAAUUCGACAUGUUGGAAGAAGGACUUUGCUCAUUCCCGCACGGAACCGUGCUUAAGAAAAAGGAGGGAACUACUUUAAAUAUCGCUAGCCGCGAUUAUAUUCUGAAGAGAUUACUGCAUGAGCAUUAUUCAAGAGAUACAGAUACGCGAACUGCCGUGUUUGAGGCUGAGGAUCCGGAAAAUAAAGUCGUCAUUGUGAAGUUUCGAGUUCAAAUGUACCCGGUCCACGUUACAGAAGAAGACUACAGCUGGGAACCGAUUAUAUCCGAGAAUUUCGCCAAAGAAAUUGAUGUUCUCCAGAAAUGCGAAUCAAUCGGAUGCACUCCAUCGUACAUUGCACAUGAUGAACGGACUCAGGAUAUUACGGAUCCUCUUCCAAAUGGAAAUUUGCGUAUUCUUGUGAUGUCAAAGGUUCCUGGGGAAUGGGCCCGCGGUAUAUCUAGGCAGUUAAGCUUUGAAAAAGAUAUUCUAGUAAUUCGAGAUCAGGUGCUAUAUGUAUUCGAGCAGAUGCGCCUCCGGAAUUUUGACUUCAGUUCCCUUAAUGCUGCGCGUGAUCUCAAAUAUGACCGGCAGAGCAAAAGGAUCUAUUGGACCGGGUUAUCGGCGCUCGCAUUUCGUAGUGACUAUAUGAGACCGGUCACUGAAUCAAGUACCUAUUUUAAACAUACUAUGGUAGCUCUAGGUAGACACGAUUGGGGGUGGUAGCUGCCGUCUCUAUAUGUGGGAAUCUAAGACUACGAAAAGACUUUGAAAGGGCAUUUGAUGCGGGGAUUGAAUCUGAAUUGUUUAAAGAACUAGAGAGUACUAAAAUCUAUUUGCUAUUUAUGCUUAC